AUGUCGUCCUCUAACGAUAUGACGUUACCAUACGUUCCCAAUGUCGAGUACAAUGGCACAAAACCAACUGGCGGCGACGCCCUCACCCAGAACCUCAACGUAUUCUAUGAAGCUGGAGAUAUAGGAUGGAUGAUCACGGCCACUGCUCUCGUCCUCCUCAUGGUUCCAGGCGUGGGCUUCUUCUACUCUGGUCUUGCACGACGAAAAUCAGCCCUCUCUUUGAUAUGGCUAUCGAUCAUGUCAGCAGCAAUCGUCAGCUUCCAGUGGUUCUUCUGGGGCUACUCAUUAGCUUUCUCACACAAAGCUGACCCGUUUAUCGGGCGUCUGGAUAACUUUGGCUUGCGAGAUGUGCUGGCGCAGCCCAGUGUGGGAAGUGAGAGGAUUCCGGAUCUCAUGUUUGCAGUCUAUCAGGGCAUGUUCGCCUGUGUGACGGUAGCACUGGUUUCAGGCGCAGUCUCCGAGAGGGGGAGGAUGCUACCAUGUGUGGUGUUCAUGUUCAUAUGGACGACUGUCGUAUACGACCCGAUCGCUUGCUGGACGUGGAAUCCUUCUGGGUGGGUGUAUCGGAUGGGUGGUCUCGAUUUUGCAGGUGGCACGCCCGUUCACAUAUCGUCAGGAUCGGCGGCAUUGGCCUACUCCUAUAUGCUGGGUAAGAGGACAGGGCAUGGAACGCAUGCGCUCAACUAUCGACCACACAAUGUCACGCAUAUCGUUAUCGGUACUGUCUUUUUGUGGGUGGGAUGGUUCGGGUUCAACGCUGGCUCUGCACUGAGCGCGAACCUUCGAGCGAUCAUGGCAGCAGUAGUCACGAACCUGGCAGCCUGUGUAGGAGGAGUGACCUGGUGCCUCGUGGAUUAUCGACUCGAAAAGAAGUGGUCAACAGUAGGCUUCUGCUCUGGAGUUGUGGCAGGCUUGGUCGCCAUUACACCAGGCUCCGGUUACGUCCCUGCGUGGAGUGCCGUUGUCUUCGGUGUCGUAGCGGGUGUUGGUUGUAACUUUGCCACCCAGCUCAAGUACUGGAUCUCAGCCGAUGACGCCCUGGACAUUUUCGCGGUUCAUGGUGUCGGGGGCAUAUUAGGCAAUCUCAUGACUGGUCUCUUCGCCGCAGACUAUAUUGCCGCUCUGGACGGCCAUACACACAUCACCGGUGGUUGGCUCAACCACAAUUGGAAGCAACUAGCAAUUCAGCUCGCCGACUCCGUGACCGGAAUGGCAUACAGCUUCGUCGUGACCUGCGGCAUCCUGCUGCUCAUCAGCUUCACAUCAAGACUAGUUCCCGCGUUGAAGUUGAGGGCGAGCGUGGAAGAGGAGGAGAUGGGCAUCGACGAUGCCGAGAUUGGCGAAUUUGCCUAUGACUACGUCGAGUUGGUGCGGGACGUAAAGCCGGUUGACAUGCGCGACCACGACGACUUCACUACAGAGAAUGACGACAGCCAGAGCGUACGGAGUCUCAGUCGGCAUAGCCAAGUUCCGAUCCAUGUUCGGGUCGAGAAAGACAAUGAAUAUCCCUUAAGGACCUUCACCCGCGAUGCGCCAGUCGGUACAGCCUCUUGA